GGGAGGGAGUGCUAAAAUGUACAUGUGCACAUUAGCAUAGUCAUCCCUCUCGCCGUAUACACUGUCUCGCCGGGUACAAUCUAGGUUUUCAUCCCCGUUUGAACUCUGAACCUGCCCUUACUCGCCGAGAUAUAGCCAUAGCCAUAGCCAAUCCAUCUAGGGUUCAGUCGAACUGGACUGGGUGAACCCUCUGGUACGCCCCCUCCAUUGCAGUCUCUCUGAUCGUCUCCCUGCCGAAACCCUAAUUUCUCUCUGCACUGCCAAUGCCAUCGCACCCUUCUUUUUCUUCUCAUUGCUUAUUUCUUCGUCAGUAGGAUACGCAUUCGGUUUUAUCUGCUCGGAAUUGGAAGAUGGACAUUGAAGAGAGGCAAGCGGAGCACAUAGAGUACUUCGUGAAGCAAGCGUCUGCCCUCAAAGGCCCCGCGCUGGCCUCCGUAGUCGUGGAGGCCACUUCUCAUCCAUCGCUUUUUGCCUUCUCGGAGAUUCUCGCCGUUGGCAACGUUCUAGAGCUUGAAGGAACUGAGAGUUCUGUUUACCUCGAAUUGCUUCGCACUUUUGCCCAUGGAACAUGGACCGAGUACAAAAGUAUUGCUGAAAGGCUUCCUCAAAUGGUGCCCGAUCAAGUGCUCAAGUUGAAGCAACUAACUGUGCUUACACUGGCUGAGUCGACCAAGGUGCUUCCCUAUGAUUUACUCAUGAAUGAGUUGGAUGUCACAAAUGUCCGUGAGCUUGAGGAUUUUCUCAUUAAUGAUUGCAUGUAUGUGGGCAUAGUUAGGGGAAAGCUGGACCAGUUGCGUAGAUGCUUUGAGGUGCAAUUUGCUGCAGGGAGGGAUCUCAGGCCUGGUCAAUUAGGGAGCAUGUUACAUACGCUAACAGAUUGGUUGACUAUUUCUGACAAUCUUCUCAUAUCAAUUAAAGAGAAGAUCAAAUGGGCUGAUACAAUGAGUGAGAUGGGCACAAAGCACAAGAAGGAAAUGGAAGAAAAGAUUGAAGAAGUAAAGAAGUCAAUGUCCUUCAAGAAGUUACCAACAAGCAGGCGGACAUCAGCUACAGAGGGCACGAGGAGAUGUACCCUGAACCUGUUGGAGUGAUGGAUUUUGAGGAAGAUCGAAGCCGGCCCAAGAGGAGAAGACACCCUCAUCACCCACUUGGGUAAAGAAGGGGACACGUGGAUCAGUGCGGAGUUUGGUUUAGUCGGGCUGAUUUUUGUCCAUCAGCUAUGCCAAUAGUGUGCAUGAUUGCCUCUUUGAGAGAGGCAUUGCCUGCUUGAGAUUUGAACUCGCGAAACAGAUUUUUAGACUUGGGAAGUGUUGACUGUGUAUGAUUUUUGUUCUCAAACCUCUCAUUGACAUCUCUUUUUAUUUUUGUUGGCAAGAACAUGUUCUCUGACAAUGGCUGACUUGUU